AUGGUUAAGCACGCGCUGAUCGUCGGCGCCUCCUCGGGCAUUGGGCUCGCUGUGGCGCAUAAGGUGGCGCCUAUGGUGGACAAGUUGACGUUGUGUUCACGGAGGUGUCCACCGGACCUGGUAGCGUCCAUAAGGGCUAAGAAUCCGAGUCUAGACGUGGUUUAUGAGCGUUUGGACGUUUCUCUAUUGCAUGAGGUGCGCAAGUUCACUACGAGACACAAGGACACCAAGUUCGACUGGAUCGUCCUCACUGCAGGCAUCCUCUCGCUCAAUGGACGCACCGAGACUCAAGAGGGGCUUGAUGUCAAGAUGAGCACGCACUACUACGGACGGUUCAUGCUAGUUCACGACUUGCUGGCGGGGCUAGACCGACCAGGUGUGCGCGUACUCAAUGUACUGGGAGCUGGACGGGGUGGGGCUCCUUACCUUAAUGACUUGGAUCUGAAGAAAAACUACUCGAUCAAACACUGCGCUGAUACGACGACACUCUACUCGGACCUGAUGGCGCAGGCUUUGUCGGAGCAUGCACCCAAUGUGUCGUUCAUGCACCUGUACCCUGGUUUCGUGAACACUGGGCUGUUCGACCGCUUUCCAUGGUAUGUUCGAGUACCAUCCAAGAUCUUCGCAGUAAUCGCGGCGCACUCGCCCGAACGAUGUGCUGAGUACUUGGUCGCCACGCUCACAAAACCUGAAUUUGCUGCGGGCUGGAAACUGCUUGGAGAGCGCGGAGAGCCGCUAGCAAAGACGAAAUACCACACGGACAAGCUCAAGAACAUUGUCUGGGAGCACACGCUCAAAACCAUUGACAGUGUCAUGAAACAAUGA